AUGUACUCAAGAUACCUAGAGGUUCAGCCAAUAUCAGAGCCAACAGGUAAUAAAAUAGUGUUUUUCUUGAGAGCCGUAUUCAACCGAUGGGGUUACCCAAGAGUUGUUGUUACUGACAACGGCACUGAAUUUGUGAAUAAGAUUGUUGCAGAAUAUUUGCAAGAUCACCAGAUUGUCCACGAACUAACGCCGACAUGUCAUCCGCAGGCCAAUCCUGUGGAAAGAGUAAAUCGAAAUUUAAAAUCAUUAAUUCGUACUUUUCUUUCAGAUAAACAUUCUAAAUGGGACCAAAAUUUACCUGAACUUGUAUAUGCUUAUAAUACAUCUGUUCACAGCUCGCUGACCGUCAGCCCAGCGUAUCUAAAUUUUGGCCGAGAUCCGAGAUAUUUAGAUCUACAUCGGGGUGGAAAAGUACUAACCGAAUUAAAUAAGACUGAUAAUCGCAAUACCGUAUUAUCAUUAAUUGAUGAACUUCGACAUUAUAUCGAGUCAUUCAUGAUAAAAGCUCAGAAUCGUCAGGAUGAAUUAUUACCUGAUCCAAAUAUAAAUAUUGUCAUCGGGGCUGAGGUAUAUAUCAGAAAUAAACAGUUAAGUAAAAAGGUUGAUGGAUUCGCAGGUAAGCUUGCACCUCCACGCAAAGGUCCGUAUUAUGUACACAGUUUUUACUCUAACAGUUUAGUAAAUGUUUGCGAUAAAAAUAAUAUAUUAAUCGGUACAUUUACUAUUAAUGAUCUUAAAAUUCCACGUCGAUCAAACCGAAAUAAACCAGGGUCGGAUAAUGAGUCGUUAGUUCGACAAAAUAAUAAAAUUAAAUAA